AUGGCGACUCCCUUCCAGACUGAAGCCUGGACAGAGUACGGUCUUGGUGUAAUUGUGAUUUUACUUCGAAUAUUCGCUCGCUGGAGAAUAAUCGGCUUCAAUUGGCAAGGGGAUGACUAUUUUGCAGUUCUGUGCUUGAUUUUCUGGACUUUAGAACUGUGCAUGCUGGAGCUCAUCGGUCAAAAUGGAACCAACAUUGGGAUUACCGACGAAAUCGGCGCGACUCUGACACCCCAAGAAAUCGCCAAGUUCGAAUUUGGCUCGAAGUGCCUGCUGGCGGGAUGGAACUUCUACGUUACUCUUAUUUGGUGCUUGAAGGCUUGCAUUCUCUUCUUUUUCAGCCGCAUCACAAACUGGCAGGUUGUGCCAUACCCAGGAGACGAGUGCACUUUGGCCGUUCCAAACUACUUGAGCUUGGUUGUUCUCAAUGUAACGACUGAUAUGUGCAUUGUUUCAAUUCCAUUGCCUCUUCUAUGGACGGUGAAGCUCAGUAUCAAACGCAAGCUCGCCAUUGGUGUCCUACUUUGCUCGGGAGUUUUUGUCAUGAUCGCUGCCUUGCUACGCUGCAUUCUGUCGUUGAAAGAUAUUGACGGGAUCAAUGUCAGCACCAUCUGGGCCAUCCGAGAAACUUUUGUUGGCAUUAUCGCCGUGAACGCAGCUUGCAUCAGACCUCUCUUCUCUUCGGCUCACUGGCUCAGCUCGAGCAAGGGCAGCAGCAGCGGGGCCAUGAAGUACACCGGAUCAGGUGAUAGAUAUGGUCAUCAGCUGGUCACGAUUGGAGGUGGCGGCCAGAGCACCGACCGGUCUAUGCCUGCAAAGAGAAGGCACAACAAGUACAACAUGACCGAGUUCGAUAACAACUCAAGCGAAGAGCAUAUUGUCAAGUCUUCCGAAUCCGCCAACUGGCCUCAGGCUAGCGGUGACCGCGACGGAAGCUUGACAACAUUGCUUGCCACCGCAAGCAACGCCACAUCCUCCUUUGAUGGAAGUCGUUACCUCUGGUACACAAAACCAACAACAGAAUGGGAACAGGGCGCUCUUCCGAUCGGCAAUGGACGACUCGGGGGAACUGUUUGGGGAGGUGCAAACGAAACCCUCACCAUCAACGAAGAUACCAUCUGGUCCGGUCCUAUCCAAGACCGAACUCCUCCCAACGCCUUGGCGACCUUACCUGUGGCUCGUGAGCUGUUUCUCUCUGGCAAAAUUACCGAAGGCGGCCAGCUUGUGUUGAGGGAGAUGACCCCGGCCGAGAAAUCCGAACGUCAGUUUGGAUAUUUCGGCAAUUUGGAUCUUGACUUCGGGCACAGUGGUAACUUGGAGAACUACGUGAGGUGGCUUGACACAAAGCAGGGUAACUCGGGCUCCUCGUACGCUUUCGACGGAGUUAACUUCACGCGGGAAUUCGUCGCGAGCUACCCAGCUGGGGUGCUCGCCGCUCGUUUCACUUCCAGUGAGGAAGGUGCUCUAAACCUCAAGGCUAGCUUCAGUCGACUGGCAAACAUUUUGGUCAAUGUUGCAUCCACUGCAGGCGGCGUCAACUCAGUCACCUUGAUGGGCUCUAGCGGACAGCCUCUUGAUGAAAACCCAAUUUUGUUUACUGGUAAGGCUCGUUUCGUGGCACCGGGAGCGAAGUUCGAAAACGAUGGUUCCGUUCUCAGGAUCACGGGAGCUACGGCCAUUGACCUGUUCUUCGACGCAGAGACUAAUUACCGCUUUGCGUCUCAGGACGAAUGGGAGGCUGAGAUUGAUCGCAAGUUGAACGCUGCACUGACCAAGGGUUAUUCAGACCUAAGGGAUGAAGCCCUCAAAGACUCCAGCAGCCUUCUUGGACGGGCCUCGAUUGAUCUUGGCAAAUCACCGCGAGGACUUUCUGCGUUACCCACGGAUGAGAGAGUGGCCAUAGCCCGGAACGAUUCAAGUGAUGUUGAGCUGUCGACUCUCACUUGGAAUCUCGGCCGCCACAUGCUCGUUGGAGCUUCACGAAACACCGAAGCCGACAUAGAUAUGCCCGCGAAUCUCCAGGGCAUCUGGAACAACAAAACCACGGCUGCUUGGGGCGGAAAGUAUACUAUCAAUAUCAACACCGAGAUGAAUUACUGGUCUGCCGGUCCAACGAAUCUGAUCGAGACACAAGAACCUUUGUUUGACUUGAUGAAAGUGGCCAACCCAAGAGGCAAAGCCAUGGCGAAGGCCAUGUAUGGCUGUGGCGGCACAAUGUUUCACCACAAUCUGGACGUUUGGGGCGACCCGGGUGCGACUGACAACUACACAUCUUCUACCAUGUGGCCCAUGGGCGCCUCAUGGCUUGUACAGCAUAUGGUGGAUCAUUACCACUUCACGGGCGACAAGGCAUUCUUAGCAGACGUUGCCUAUCCCUUCUUAAUCGACGUGGCUACGUUCUAUGAGUGUUAUACCUUUGGACACGAGGGUUAUCGAAUCACAGGUCCUUCGCUGUCACCAGAGAACACUUUUGUCGUCCCGGGCAAUUUCAGCGUGGCUGGUCGCUCGGAGCCAAUGGAUAUCGACAUACCCAUGGACAAUCAGCUCAUGCACGACGUUUUUAGUGCAAUCAUCGAGGCGGCGGACAUCUUGGGAAUCGAUGAUACCAACCAAGACCUGAAGAAGGCUAAAGAUUUCUUGCCUCGCAUCAAGCCUGCGCAAAUUGGUUCCAAGGGCCAGAUCCUCGAAUGGCGCUAUGAAUACAAAGAAUCGGCGCCUAGUCACCGUCAUCUUUCACCUUUAUACGCUCUGCAUCCUGGGAAAGAAUUCUCACCAUUGGUCAACGAAACGCUGUCCGAGGCCGCUCAGGUUCUACUUGACCGUCGCAGGGAAGCGGGAUCAGGAAGCACAGGGUGGAGUCGCACGUGGAUGAUCAACAUGUACGCUCGAUCGUUCAGAGGAGCGGAUGCAUGGGAGCAGGUGAAGGGUUGGUUCGCUACAUUUCCCACCGCGAACCUAUGGAACACAGAUAAGGGAUCGACAUUCCAGAUUGACGGGAACUACGGGUUCACGAGCGGUAUCACAGAAAUGUUGCUUCAAAGUCACACGGGUACUGUGCAUAUUCUUCCUGCUUUACCGGGUGAAGCCGUGCCAACGGGUAGUGCAAAGGGACUGGUCGCAAGAGGCAACUUUGUUAUUGAUGUCGAAUGGGAGAACGGAGCCUUCAAGAGAGCAGGUAUAACAUCGAAGAUUGGAGGUAAGCUGAAACUUCGGGUUGGAAAUGCCGAGAUUGUUCUUGUCGAUGGAAAUAAGUACACUGUUGAAAUUAGGACGACUGAAGGGCAGGUUUUGGAGAUUACGCCAGCUUGA